CUUGAUCUGGGGUAGUGUUCAAUCAAAACAUGUGAAAAAGGAAGAACAUGAACAAUUCAAACAUGUUUAAAAACAUACUCUUUUUAAGCUUAUUCUACGAAUUUUAUUCAAAGCUUCUACCCAAAAAAAAAAAAAAUUUAUUCAAAGCCGCGUUUUUUCUCCAAUGAUUUACCGCUUCCCCGAAGGGGUUUGGAUUUUGUCUAUCUGUCUUUCCCUCUAUCAUUUGAAGUUAUCAGUCACGAUUGACGAGCGAGCGAUGACUGAUGAAUUUUUAAUUCUCUGAAUCUCAAGUAUUUCAAUGGUUUGACUCAGCCAUGGCAACCGAUGGGAUCAUGGACGUGGCGUCACACCACUCAUUCUCUCUCACGUAAUUUCAGUCAACCUCUCUCUCCCUCUUCGUUAAAUCGUUUAAUUUCACAUCUUUAUAUACAAUUCCUAUCGAAAUCAUAAAAAACCAAUCAAGAAAAGGAAUUUGUGUUUCUCUUCUGAGUUGAACGGCAGAACAGAGCAUUUUCUGUUCUUCUCACAUUCUCUCCGCUGGUUCCCUUCUUUGUAACCUGCCCAUUUCAGGAAACCAUGCCGUUCUGCGAUGUCAGCAAAUACAGAGACGGAGGAGGUGGAAAUAAUGGAAUUAAGAUCUUUUACAGAACUUAUGGUCAUGGAACAACUAAAGUUCUUCUCAUCAUUGGUUUGGCGGGUACCCAUGAUUCCUGGGGUCCUCAAAUUAAGGGACUCACGGGUGUGGAGACGCCUAAUGAUGCUGAAUCGAAGACCAUUGCAGCAAAACUGAACGAUUUAGAAGAAGGUUUCCAUGGUGAUGACAAUGAGGGCAUAGAAGUUUGCGCUUUUGAUAAUCGUGGGAUGGGUCGGAGCUCUGUUCCAACCAAGAAAUCAGAAUAUACAAUGACGACCAUGGCGAAAGAUGCCAUAGCUCUAAUGGAUCAUUUGGGUUGGGAAAAAGCUCACGUCUUUGGGCAUUCAAUGGGGUCUAUGAUAGCUUGCAAGUUGGCUGCAAUGGUGUCUGAGAGGGUAUUGUCAUUGGCCUUACUCAAUGCAACUGGUGGAGGUUAUGAAUGUUUUCCUAAGGUUGACCGACAAUCAGUAUCCAUUGCUAUCCGUUUUUUGAGGGCUAAGACUCCUGAGCAGAGGGCAGCUGUUGACUUGGACACCCAUUACACAAAGGAGUAUCUUGAUGAAUAUGUUGGAACUAAGACACGAAGAGAAAUUUUAUAUCAAGAAUACGUGAAAUCUAUUUCAUCAACUGGGAUGCAAUCUAACUAUGGUUUUGAGGGACAAGUUAAUGCAUGCUGGACACACAAAAUGACAGCAAAGGAACUGGAAGUGAUCCGGUCUGCUGGGUUUCCGAUUUCAGUCAUUCAUGGCAGGUAUGACAUUAUUGCUCAGAUAUAUUAUGGAAGGAAGCUUGCAGAGAAACUGCAACCUAUGGCUAGAAUGACAGAUCUUCAUGGCGGGCAUCUAGUGAGUCAUGAACGACCUGAAGAGGUCAAUAAGGCUCUUUUAGAGUUGAUCAAGGCAUCAGAGUUAAAGUUGAGUCCAAGUGAUUGGUCAAAUUUUCCCAAGGAAGGCACUGGGUGGCAAGCCAAGGAGUUACAGUUAUCAUUAAGCAGAAUGAAUUGUUCACUUUUCAGGCUUGGCAUUAUGUCAAACUUUUAUCUUUGCUUUCUGUACUUAUUUGGUCUCUUCACAAUGGCAAUCAAAUGUGGGAGGAAAGCUUUAAGAAGUUUUAAGCGAGUUCCAGUGGAACCCUCCCUCUCAUAAGAGGUCAGAAUUUAUUCAUCACCUGAAGAUUUUGUUGUUUCAAAAUAAGUAACCAAGUCAAUCGUAACCAUCAAGUGUAAAGCAAAGAGAUAUACUGGCCCAGAAUCACUGAUUCUUUUGUGAUAAGAAAAGGAUCCUGUUCUAGCUUAUUAAUCUGGUUAUACAGGAUCAGCAACACAAGCAAACAAGAUCAACAGGACGACCUUGGGCUGUCAAAACAGGUCUAGAAAUGCCCUUACCAGUGGAGAUUUUCAUGUACACUGAAACGGGAAUUCAGCAAGGAUGGAACUUGUAUGCUGUCAUCGGAUACAAAACAAGCCCUAUACCUUAAACAUGAGUGUAAACACCUUCUGCUACUAACAUCUUGGAAAUGAAAACCUUGAAUCUUUCACUUCUUUUUCAUACAAAA